AUGGAAAGUCACGGCGACAAGGCGGUGGACUUGGGAGGAACGCCGAAAUCACCCAAGGACCUGGAAGAUGGGGCGCUGUCUGAAGGGGGUGCGCUGGACAUGUUCUCCCGCGAAGCGUUUGCCCUGUUCAUACAGUACGGCGCCGUCGGGAUCAUGCUCAACAUUAUCCCGGUGGUCCAGUAUCCCAUCUUCAACAUCUACCUCAACUUGGAGGGUUACCAAACGUCGUCGUACAAGGUGUUGACUGUGAUCGGGUGGUCGUUCAAGGUCUUCUUUGGCCUGUUGUCGGAUUGCGUCCCCAUCUAUGGCUAUCGUCGCAAGUCGUGGAUUUUGAUCGGGUGGACCAUCACGAUGAUCUGUCUGAGUGUGCUGGCAUUUUCGCCGUUCGGCGAGCCGUUUUGCAACCGCGAAAAGACCAAGUAUUGUGGUACGCCGUUGAAAAAGGUGCCAUAG